UUUUUCAGUCUACAGUCUUAUUAUUGUGUUAUCAAUGUGCGAGAUAAGUGAGUAUUUUCCUGGAGAUACUCCACUAAUUGCUGCAACUUCGCGUGUUGAAAUUAUUAUGAAUAAUGGGAUAUUGAUCGCAGGAUUGAUAUUAACCAUUUCAUUUGUACCAAGAAGUCGAAGUUGUCUUCACGGUAAAACCGGUGAUGGCUUAUCUCUUGCCAAUUGCACGAAUUUGAAUUAUCACGAAAUACCAAAGUUACCCGCCGAUAUUCAAGUUGUAGAUUUAUCAAAAAACCCUAAUUUGGAGCUACGACGAUAUUUUCUGUUGGAUUACGCCGAUACGUUGGUACGGUUAAUACUUCGCGAAAACGCGUAUGUCAGAAGACACAGCUAUGGUGGACCCGGUGGCGAACCCUUGGACGUUUUUUCAAAACUAACCAAUUUAGAAGAAUUUGAUUUUUCUGCAUCUGAGUUAGAGAGCAAUCAUCAGUGGGUAUUACCGAAAGCACUGAAGAAAUACUCCGUUAACGAUAACCUCUACAGAUUUCUUGAUGUUCACUGGUGUGAUGAAUUGGAGGAGCUAAGCGUAAAUAAUAAUUACCUCGAAGAGUUGCCAAAAUUCCAUUCUCCUCUACCACCGUUGAAAAUUUUACGUGGGAAAGGUAAUCCUUUCGAUAAAUUGAAGCUGGUAGAGGUGGCACGGUUUUGCUACUUGAUGGAAUUACAGUUGGAGCCGCCAGAUUAUGCCUUCCUUAGAAAAUCAGAGGGAUUUUGUGACUGCACAUUACUCAAGUAUUAUGCUAAAGAAAUGGAAAUUAAAGGACUCGAUACGUUGCUGUGUUUUCCAGCUCCGGAAACGCAGAAAGAAAAAUGUUCAAAUGACACAUUAAUUGAAGCUAGAAAAAUUCGUAAAACUUGUCCGUUGCUCACAAAAGGAACAUUAUCAUCCUCGAUAGCAAAAAUAUUGAAGAUUGUUUUCUUCUUCACUUUAUUCUUGCUUCUUCUCGCCGCUGUGAUUUUAUACAUUAUUAGACAUUUUCAUUUGAAAGAAUGGUGGGCUGCCCAUCACGCAGCGCAAUCGAAAAUCAAAAUGGAGGAAGAAGAAGAACAGUCACUUCAAACGCAGGAAUCCGCGAGUGAAGGAAGCAUUAAAGAAGGUAGCAUAAGUAGUAAAGAGGGAAGCAUAAGUACUUCUGAAUGAAAAAGGAUUUCAACCUUUGUAUUUCCUCUUUCACUAAAGAAGGCCAUCCUCAUAAAAUGAAAUUGCUUAUAGAUCUAGACGACGGUAACCAUGAAGAAUUGAAGCUAGAAAUACAACGAUUCAUUAGAGUUGUGGUGCACGUGUACCAGCGGAAAUGCCGAGACCCGAACUGCUCAAUAUCUGACUGCCAACUCGUAAAAGAAGUAUUCCUACAUUUGAUACACUGCAAAGUGCCUGCGGAUGAUUGCGUAUUUUGCAUACGUGUGAUAACGGCUAUACGCUAUCAUGCCGUAUAUUGUAAAGACACAAAAUGUCUUGUGCCUGGAUGCCUACAGAAACGGUAUGGAUUUCAGCAAGGAUUCAAACUAUUACAACAAGCCCAAUCGUCACAUGGUUGUAUGAGAAUUUCGAGCAAUGCCGCAAUAGGUGUGCCGUCCAGUCCAGAAGCCGCAUCGUCCCUCUCCCAUAAUCGUCGAGGCUUGCAAAAACCCGUGCAAACUGUGCAAAUGUUACAACCACCACAAAUGGUGUCAGGUGGCCCAGUAAAGUGGCGGCUCGAUGAACCAGAAUGUGAUAGAACUUCAGCCAGUGUUGGUUGUUUAAAAUUCAGUUGCUUAAAACGUUGUUUAAAGGGCUUAUUUCAUUGGGCAAGUUCACUAGCUACAACUAACAAGAACUGCAAUAAAUCACAAAGGCGACCCGCUCAGCAGUAACUUUAGAAGUGUCCAAUUUGAACCAUCUACCAUAGUCCGUAACCAAAAAAAAAAACAAAAAAUCAUUUAAAUUUUCUCUUCGUUAGUCGUUGUCGUCAACUCUGCAGAGCGAAUGUCGCCCCUCUGACGUUAGGUUAUGUGUUUAAUUCUUGGACUUUGCUAGAUCAUCAAUUUAUAUUUUUACAUUGUAUUCUCUACUCUUGGAAUUUUAUCAGAAGUACCUACGAAAAAGACUCGCCUUCGUUUCUUUAUAGGUACUAUUGUUUGUGUAGCCCAUGUUAAAUUUUUAAAUUUUUUUCAAAUACCUACACGCAAACUUGAGCUGUUCUUUAGUAAUAAUAAAUUUUUUUCAUUCUUCGAGUAGGCUUUUCAUUUGUAACCAAAAACCAAUUAUAAUAAUCAAAAAUGAUUUUCUUAAAAUAAGAACCAUAAGUGAUCCUCACUCUUGAAAAAUUGUGUUUUUCAGAUUAACCCAAAACCAAUAAUAAUUUAAUUCAAUAAUUAUUGGUUAAUUUUUUACAUUUUUUCAUGCAAUUUUUCUUCUACUUAUUUUCUUUUUAUAACCUUCAUUUUUUUAUUUCUGAAAUUCAAAUAAUUUGAACUCUGAUCUGAAUUUUGAAAUGAGUUAUUAUUAUUUUUUUUAGAAUAUUUUUACGUAGGUACCUAUAUUUUAUUUUGAUUUUUUCACCCAAUUUCAAUUAUUUUUGAAAAUCACAAUGUUUUACACUAAAAAUAGCGAGAAAAAAUGAAAAAACCAAAAUAACCAAAAAACGUUACAAAAAACCAAUUAUGGAGAUGAAAAACCAUAACCAAAAACGGCAAAAACGCAUCUUAAUAUUGAAAUGUUUCAUAGAUAACAUAAACGAAUACGAUUCUAAUAAAGACGAUGAAUUUGAAGAUGAAAA